AUGAUUGAAGCAUAAUAAUCUAUAAAAUGUAAUGAACACAAUAAAAAUGUUUAAUAUGUUUUGUUCAAUGAAAAUCCAAAAUCUAAACUUUUAUGCUAAUAAUGUUUGUAGGAAAAGGAAGGCUCAAAAACAGUUUUAAAUAUUGAUGAAGCUAUAAUUUAGAUUAAACAAAGGAAAUAAUCUGAAUAUUAAGAAUAUUAAAAUAUUUUAUAACCAGAAAUCUUAAUACUUCGUAAUUAUAUAGAAGAUGUCCCAAAAAUAUUUGAAAUUAUUUAUUAAUUAGUAACAAAUUUAAUAGAAGCUAUUAAUGAUUGGAAAUGUAAAUUAGAAAGUAAGUUAUAAGAAUUUUCUAAAUUUAGUUUUGUUGAAGAAAUAAAGAAAGUUAACAAUCAGUAAUAAUAAAAUAAUUAAAUUGUAGUUGAAUUGAUAAAAACAUAAAGAUAGAACUAUUCUGAAAAAAUUAAAAAAAUUCUACAUGAUUUAAAAACUAUAAUUACAGCUGAUUAUAAUCUAAAUAAAUUACAUUAAUUCCUUGACAUAGAGGAUAAAUCUUAAUUGUCUCCCAUAAAAAAUACUUAAUAAUAGUAUUUAUAAAAUAAAAAUGUAAAAAUAGAAAUUUAACAAAAACCAAAUUUGGAAAUCUUAUUCAAAGGAGAAAAUUCUGAACUCCUUAAUGUCUAUCAAUUAAAUAAUUUAUAAUAAGUGAAAGACUAAAAGAUAUCUAUAAAAAAAUAAAAUAAAAUAAUUUAAUAAACAACAUAAUGUUUAGCAAUUUCAUUUAAUAAAGAUGAUUCUAUCCUUGCUACAACUUGUGAUAAAGAAAUUAAAUUAUGGAAAUUUUAAGAUGGAAAUAUUUGUGACCUACUUUAUAGUUUAAAUGAACAUAAAUCAGAAAUUACUACACUAUUAUUUAGUAAAAAGAAAAAUUGGUUGUUCUCAGCAGGAAAUGAUUAAUAGAUUAUUUUAUGGAAACCAAAAAAAAUUUUAUUUAAUUUUGAUUUAACAAAAAGAAAAAUUCAAUAAUUUGCUCAUAGAGGUUAAAUUGUAUAGCUUGUUUUAAAUGAAAAUGAAAAUUAAUUAAUUUCUUGUAGUAAUGAUUGCAAAAUUAUUAUUUGGGAAGUUAAUUAUUAAUAAAAUUCUAUAUAAUUUUAUCAAUCUUUAGAAAAACAUACUGGUCCAGUAAUAUAGGUUAAUUUAAAUUAAAGUAAUAAUUUAAUGGCGUCUAUUUCAUUAGAUAAAUAAAUAAUUAUUUGGAGUUUAGAUGAUUAAUAAGUAUGGAAUUUUAGAUAAGUAAUAUAAAAUUCAGAAAAUCAUUUAGGAUAUAGAAUUAGUUUUAUAAAUGAUUAAACUGUAGUUUGGUAAUAAAAUUAAGGAGUAACUCAUAUUCUUAAAGAACAAGAUGGAAUAUUUAAAGAAAUACCUGAAUAACAAAUACAUAUAAAAAAGAAUGAUAAAAAAGAUGGAGAAUUCUAAUUUCCAUUAAUAUUCAAUUCAUAAAAAUAAAUUCUAAUUUAAAAAUAUCUUGAAAAUGUUUAUUUAUUUACUAUUGACUAAAAUGAUAAUUUAAUAAAUUAAGAAUAAUAUAUUUCUUUAGAGAAUGAAUAUAAUUAUGGAAAUUUAUCAAAUAAUGGUAAACAUUUAGUAAUAUGGUGCAAUAAAUAAUUUAGAGUAUAUGAAAUUAUAUAUGAUUGA